AUGUCGCUUCUGGAGGUCGUGAAAUACACGCCGAGAGAAUGCCAAGAGCCGCACCGCGGGCAGAACGAGAUGGGAAGCGAGACCAGUCCCGAGACACACGAGGAAGCGAAAGGCGGAGAGGCGGCCUACAGGCUCGAUGACGACAGCAGAUGCGGCAGCAGAAAGGAAAAGAGGACGCGUAUGGAGGUGGAACUGCCGGUCGACACAAGCGAGGGACCGACGGCCGAGCCUCGCAAGAGAAGAAGACAGGACGCGGAAUGCGAAGACCUCAGGGACGGAGAUACCUGCAGGCGUGGCCAUGGCGAAGAAAAACUCGGCGCUGGAGAGCAGCCGAAGGAUGAGGCAAGGACAGCGCAUGCGGCGUCCGCUGCGCAACGCUUGAGCACCUCAACUCGAGAACGUGUCCCCCGUUUGCCUGGAGAUGAUCGAGUUCCUUCACUCUGCGCUGCUUCGUGUGCUUCCGCCUCGCCGCCUGUGUCUUCUUCGUCUUUCGUUUCUUCUGCCGGUUCGACUCGGAAGGAAACGGAGCAGCAUCUGGUGCGGAUGGGCCUUCCGAAAUUCUUCGACUUCCACUUGCCGCUCUUCUCCGCCUUUCUCCUGUGCAUGCACCGUCACCAGAGCUCGCGUCUGCGUCCUCGCGCUCGACUGGCUUCUCCGGCGCCUUCUAGUGCGAUUCGCGGUUCCAGAGAAGCGCCUGAAAAAGACAAACUUGGUCCCGUGGAGCGCUGGCAAGCGGACCCCACCGCCAAGAACGCCUGCCUUCGCCAGACUCUGCCUGGGAGUGGGGACGAUCCGCCGAACGGAAGCAUCGAGGCGUCUGGGUGUGCUGCGCAGUUCCUCGGGGCGUUGCGUCGCCACGGUGACGAGGUCUGCGGGACUGAUCCGGAAGGACGUUUGACAGAGUCGCUGCGGCGAGCGGCAGGAGCCGUUUCGAUGACGCCCACUGCCGCUGUCUCCCUGGUCUUGCAACUGAAACAGGGACAGCUUGAGGACGAGGCGGAAAGUGCAAAACUCCGGAGAGAAGAAAGGUGCGAGGAGCACUGCGCGGGCGAACGUUCCUGUUCAGGUACGGACUUCCCACCCGCUUCGGCGCCCGGUCGAAACGGCGACAGGCCGAGCCGCCUCCAGCUGCCAAGUGCCGUUCGAGCAGAGACGCUUCAGUCGGCUGUGCUGAGCGCGAGCCAAACUGCCGUGCUCUCCACGCGGCAAUUGGCGAGCCGCGUGCAUGCAGCGUUCGCGCUUGCUGCCGAACUGCGGAACAUCUAUGAUUCGAAGGGGCGUCGACCCGAAGAAGGCGAACGGGGACAAAACGAAGGAGCAGAGGGAGAGACUCGUGGAGGCGGCCCGCGACGCAGCGGUACAGUCGAAGGCCCGACCCUCGUGGAUUCCACGUGUGUCACCCGGGACUGUCAUUCUUCGGGGUCGAGGACCGGCUCUUCGUCUGCUGCUCAGACGAACGCUUCCUCGUCUUGUUCUUCCGUUUCUUCUCGGUCUUUUUCUCCGUUCGCUGUGGAAGUGUUUGCACUGGAGAAGGUGAACGGCGAAAAUGCGCAGAUCUCGUUUUCGGCCGCUCUGGACGCUUGGUGCGUCUGCAGCAAGAACGUAUCGUUGCUCGUGCCUUCGGAGUCGCUGUUCGAGGAGACAGCGCUGAAGGCUCACAAAGAAGGGACAGCAGGGACGCCACGCGAGCCAUGGACCGGUGGCGACACGGAUACGGCCGAAGGGCGAGAAGCGACGCUCAGCAGAAGGGUGGCGAACGAGAAGACUGCGGGCAACGAAGAAAGAGGGGGUUCUUCGAGAAGGCUAGGCGAAGAGGCAGAAAAGGAAGGAGACGCAGGAGAAGAAGAUAUUUUGCAGAGGAAGGAAACCCGAUACCAACACGCCGCUAAAGUGGUUCGUGCUUGGAAACGGCUUCUUUCAGGGCGCUCGCCGCACCAAGUCGCGUCUCUCAAGCGCUUUCUCUCCCACCACACCAUUGUUGGAGAGUUUGUUGGGUGCACGGUGAAACAGCACUUCCUGCCCUACUCAGAUCCGUCCUAUGCAGACAUUUUCCUUCCCGCCUCCUCGCGUGCCUCUCGCGCCUCUUCCGCCGCUUCUGCUCCGUAUCUGAUUUUCUACGCGGCAGUCCCUCACGAUGGCUUUCAGGUGUGCUUGCCGCCGCACGCAGCCCUGCAGCUGCUUCGCGAGAAAUACCAGCUGCCGACGGCUCGCCUGUUCUCGUCGUUUUCCGCCUCGUCGUUGCUUCCGUUCCUCGACCAACUACAGGGUCUAGUCGACGCAACGUUUUGCAGCGACGUGCAUCUGGGUGGAGUGGGAGAAGGUGUAGUUCUCUAUUUCACAGCACCCUGUCACGUUUCCCCCGCUUCGCUCGCACCAUCUGACGCGGACGCUUCCCCUGCGUCUUGCGUGUCUGAGGGCCCCUCUCUUGCUCGUGUUUCGUCCUCAACGGCGCCUGCGUCUCUGCCCCUGUCGUCGUCCCAAACGCCUUCUCCCGCCUGCGCGCCUCCCGCGCGUCUUGUUUCCCCGUCUGCGUCUCCCCUCUGCGUAUUUCCUCUGGUUCUUGGUCUCUCGAAAGUGAAGAGCCUGGGAUAUCUUCUUCGUCGCCGCAUUCGCGAGAAACUGCGACACGCCAUCUCCUCGUUCUCUCUCCUGCCUCUCGCUCCGCAUCUGCUGUCCAUGUCCGCGUCUCCUUCCUUCUCCUUCCUGGCGUCUCUCGCGCUCCGCCAACCUCUUUCUUCCGCUUCCUUGCUUCCGCACCUCCUCGAAAAUGCCCAGCACCUCUCCUGCCGGCAGCGGCGGAGAGUUCGGUCGUUCUUUGCGGCUUCCCUGCACUCGCGGCAGCAUCCGAAAGCGGACGUUUUUGAGCGCGCAAAGGAAAGCCCGUUGUCGCCUCUGCAGUCCGCGACUCGAGACGCAUUGGGCACCGCAUUCGACGAGAGAGGCCAUGGCCGCGGCGGGCGCUCGAGUGCAAGCGAGAACUGGAACUCCGACACCUCGCCAGACUCGCGUGAAAGCGAAGCAGUUCACGCCAGACUCAGACGGGCUCUCGACCGCAUUCGGCCUCUCGUCCGUGGCCGCCUUGAGCAAACAGACCAGGAAGAACAAGGAGAGCAAGGAGACGCUCAAGAGGAUGAGAAACAACUCUUUUUGCGGACGAGCGGGAGACCCAGGCAAGAGGGGCGGACGGCAGCGCAGGCCCAGGACUGGGCUGAGCAGCUCCUGACGGGGAAGACGCAGGCUGGCGCGGCACUGCGCGUCGCUGCAGCGUGUGCGGCGCUCACGACUGACACGGAGUUGUGGAAUGCGUCGUCUUUGUCUUUUGACUCGGAGACUUCUUGUCUCAGUGUCCUUGCGGAACGAUCCGAGUGCUGGCUCGUCGAAUUCGUUCAGGAGGCGAUCGGGUUGCUGCCGUCCCAACCCGCGUUCGCGCCUGCUGUCUCCCGUCUCCGCUCCCUGCUUUCGUCGACCUGCUCUCGAUCCUCUUCUUCCCGAGGGACGGUCUCUCCGUUGAGGCGAGCCUUGCUUUCAGCUAGAGCUCCAGGCGCGGGUUCCUAUAGCGGCGGCGAGCGAGGAAACGAGAGACUAUGGCGGGAAAAGGAGAACGCGCACGAGGCCAAGACAAAGGGUGAGGUGCCGGGGUGGACACCGCGCAGUGGCGCGACGGCGCACGGAGAGAGAACAGGAGCGACCGCGGACGCUCCGGGGAGGCGAGUCGUGGGCGACGAACGCGAAGCCGCCGAAGAUGCCACGGGAAACGAGAGGCGCAAGGACUCGAAGGAGCAUGGAGAAGAGGAAGGCGCCGGAUCGGAAGGUCGCAAAGGGGAAACAGGGAACGUGGAUAACGAGGAAAGAAAUUCUUGCCUGCGCAGCCUAGGCGAUGUUGCUGUGGACAUCAUUAUCUCUCUCACUCGGAAGUACGAAGACGCGCUGUUCUAUGCUUCCUCCAUCGCGUCGGCUGCUGUCGUAUCGUCUCUCCUCGACUUGCCUGUUUCCAGUUCCUCGGAGCUUUCUUCUUUUUCCGCUGGUCCGGCUUCCCGGGGAAGUUCCUCUGAGGAUUUGAAGGCGGUCAGCGGAGAGAAGAGAUCUUUUGGCCUCGGGACGGGGUGUCUUCUCUCGUCUCUGGAAGAGCGAAUCAACGAGGAGAGCCUGUGGUCAAUCUUGAAGCAUCUCGAGGCCUUCGUCGACCUGCGGUUCCUCGACUUCAUGAACGAGGCGUCCACCUUUCGUCUGUCCCUCGACAAAGAAUGCCGGCUCCUGCAGGAAGCCGCCGUUGUCGACAAGCAGGGGAGAAAUCCGCAAGGCCACGGCGGCGAAGGAGGCGAGCCAGCCGUGGAGACGAGAGAAGAAAACGAACGAGCGACCGGCUACAUGCCCUCGCCCCCGUCCGCAGGGUCUGUCGGGACAACGGAAUGUCAAACAACCGGAGCAGAAAGGCAGAAGCCUCGGUUGCUGUCCAUCUCCCCCACAACGGCCUCGCGCUGCUCGCGGGGCAACGCAUGUGGCGAAAAGAAGGAACCAGAGGAUCUGUCUCCCCCUCUGCGCCGGGUGUCGUCUUCGCUCACUUCCCCUUCUCGCGCUGUCUCUCCCCUUCCUUCCUGUUCGUCUCUGGUUCCUUCGUCGUUUCCUGCCUCGUCCGUCGGUGCCUCGAGCGUUGCGUCGUCGCCUCCCGUUGUGUGUCUCGUCGUCCCUCCUCUUGCUCUCUCUUUCAGCGUUUAUCGUUUCCUUAAGGCCUUCGCAGCCUCCCGCGGCUUUCGUCUCGUCGUGCGCCACUGCCUGUAUUUCCCAGCUGCAAGUGUGACGGAUCCGCACACGCCGCCGAAGAGUGGGAGCGACGAGGGGGUUCCUCGUUCGGCCCGGUGUCCCUCACCUCUUCCUUCUUUGUCUUCCUUUCUUUCUUGUGCUACGUGCACUUCGUCCUCGCCUCCCACGCCAUCUUUUGCAUCUCUGCAUUCCGUUUCCUUUGCGAUGCUAACGAUUGUUUGGGGUUAUGGGUGGCCCAAGCCGAGUGAAAAUGACGUGGAAGCGCAUGCGGGGGUUUCUCUCACGAAUCUGGCGCGGCUCUGUCUUUUGGCGACAUGUCCUCCAGUCUCACGAGAUCGAGGCGAAGACACGGUCGGGAACGCCGAGUUCGUGGGGAACGAGCACCAAAACAACGCCCUGUGCUUCGCAAGUAGUGCUUCAGUGACGCAGGACGGACACGCGAACAAUGCUUUAGAUCCGACAGCCACCAGCGACAGAAAGCGAAGGCGCACGGCGUUUCCGGCGCAUGAGCGGGGAGGUGUUCAGCCCGGCGGAAGGGAGCGGGAAGGGAAGACGAAUCGUUGGGUUGCUGCCGCCUUGAAUUUCUGUAAAGUGGUGGAAGAGGACGGAGAAGAGCAGAAGGCGAAGGCAAACCACGGGCGCAAAGGCGAGGCAGAGGGAGGCGGAGAAAGGCACGCUGGCGGUCGAGAGGCCGACUCAAGCCAGAAAGGUGGACAAGCAGACGGGGACGCGAAGGGGCAGGCAGGAUCUCCGUGGCGUCCUGACGCCUCCGAUGGGGGUGAACACAUCGAGGAGGAAAGGAGACAGACGAAGAAGCCGGAGACUGCGGACGAGGUGAAGGACGCGGACAAGCUAGUGGAAGCUCUCAGAGAUGUUGUUGUGGCAGAUGCCACCAUCCGUUUCCUUCAGCUGUUCCCCUCGUCCUUAACUCCACAAAGCGUCCUCCGCCACGCCUUUAUGCUUCUUCGGUUCUGGCGCCACUUGCCGGCUGAGCUGGGGAAGCAAAUGGACGCGGCCGGUGGCUCACAGGCUGUUUCGCGGGUCCUCCGGAGUUUUCCCCACUGCAACCGAGCCUGUCAACUUGAGGAGGUUUCUGAUCCCGCAGGACGAGAAGGUGCGGAACCUGGAGCGUCUUCCGUUUCGUUCGCGUAUGGGUCCCCGUUUUCGUCUUGUCACUCUUCUCCGUAUCCAUCUGCUGCUGCCAGGUCUCCUUCGCGUGGGCUGCCUUCAUCCCUAGUAUCGUCGCCCACUGUGUGGUCUUUAAGGAGAGAGGACGAGCCGACGCAGGGCGAGCUUGAUUCAGGUGUUUCCGUUUCCACGCCGCAACGCACACGCCGGGGAAUUUCUGUGCAAGACGCCUCGAAGUCUUCCCGUCUUCUCUCAGACCAAACAGUCCCCCGAGCUCGGGCGAACCAACUCUUCUUCAUUGCUGCCUCGCUGCCGCAGCCACACGCGAAGCUCGCAACAACGCAGGACGGCGAAUCUUCGUUUUUGAGAACUGAGACCAAAUUCGAAAGCGUGAAGGCAAACGGGUCGGGCAAGGCCGGCAGGGAGGGAUCGAAACACGAGGAGCAUCGGGAGGGCCUACGGCAAUUUGUGCACAUCAUCGACGCCUUCAGAGCGACGCUCGAUGACACCGCACAAUCGCGUCCCGGGAAAUUUAAGCCAUCGGUAGAAGGCUGCGCCACAGAACGUGUCAGGAAGGCAGCACGGAGCAUGGCGAGGCGUCACACUGAAAACGGAAAAGGAGAACAGGAGGUGAGCGGAGGACACGGACCCGGUGCGACUUCGGUGAAUGGGCGACUGCUCUCGGACGGCAGUCAGUGUUCGUAUCGUGUCGAUCGCAUGCAGCGCUUUGUCCCCGUCACGCCGUUUGCCAACGCUGUGCACUUCCCGUCUGAUACUCUCUGCUCGUUUGCUUCUCUGUGUGCUCUGUCUCGCUGGUGUCCCUCUGCAGCCAUCACCGUUUGGAAGGCUUCCCCACCUCGCGCUGUCCCGCCGAUGUGCUCUCUGCCCCAACCGGCCUCUCCACCGUGCGUGCACCACUUCGAGCAGUCAGGGACGGGGGAAGGACCACCUGAAACGCUUGCACCAAACGGAGGAAAUUCCCGACCUACGCAAGAAGCCGGCGGUGCGUGUCCGGCGCCUGGCGGCUGUUCCGCGUUUGGCGGGGUGGACAUUCUUUUUCUUGUCAGUUCAGACGAGGCCACAGGUGCCGCGCUUCGUCGCCGGGGUGUCCGGCGACACGUGCCGACAAGUCGAAGCUUUCAGAAGGCUGUGAGGGCUCUCGACGGUUCGCACGGCGUCCUUUCCCACCCUCGCCUCUGUGCGCAGGAGAUGUCUUUAAGCGCCCAGUCCACUUGGAAUGAAGGAGAAGCGAACGUAAUGGGAGCGCGAACCCUGAGCGAAGGAUCGCCAGACUUGCGCCACGUCGCCCACCACGGACGCCGGUCGCAGGCGGGAGGUGAGGAGAUAGAACGGAACGGGACGGCCGGGAAGUGUGACCGCAGUGGAGAGACAGGGCGAACGCAAGACGAAGAGUACGACAUUCCAGAGGACGUGUUCCGACCGGCGGCACGGGAGGGAGCAGCUAAUCUCGCCGCCAGUGUAGAGGCCUUCUUUGCACAGCUGGAGGAACGCCUUACGGCUUACUUCCGCGAGCAGGAGACGGCUGGAGAAGGCGAGGCAGAAGAGUCAGAGGGUGAGGGAGAUGGCGGUUGCGCGAUACCCGGCGCGUCCACAGUUGAUGAACGUUCAGGCAGGUCGAGUUCGCAAUUUGCGCAGAAGAAUGAAAGCCCGAAAUCGAAGAGGCGUUCGUCGGGAAGAACGCACAAGCCGUUAAGAGUCCUUGUUCUCAUCGACAAAAAUUUCCCCGUUGACGCUGUGCCGAAGCAGGCUGCCAUUCUCCAGCGUCACCUUGCCGUCCUCAACAGAAGGCUUAACCAGUCAUGCACGCGCGCCCUCCGCAAAGAGGCGAGUGCCCACUUGGAUUCGCGGGACGCUGUUCCAUCCUCUUUUUUCCCCAUUUCGACAGCAUCUGCUUCAACCGCCAUCCUGUCGAGGGUAGACGUCACCGAGAAGGGUGCGGCUCUCAGCGGUCUCUCCAGCAAGGCAGACAGCGAGAGCAAAAUCGAGCACGAGACCAUCAACGGCCCAGGGCUGCAUCUCACUUGUACAGUGGAGGCGCAGGCACAGAGCGGCACACCCGUGUAG